CGAGAACGUCGAGUCUGCGCAUGCUCUUAGGCUACCCUACGUCCUCAGUCUCGCAGUAUUUGGACGCGCCGUCUGGCGGGAAAUUGCUCUCACCCGGCUUUGCUGUUGAGACCCUGCGGUGAGGAAGGCUCACAUUGCUAGGCAAGGUGGUUUUUCCUUAGCAGCAGCGCAAGUGUUUUUCAAAGUGAGAUACUGGCAGGAGCAGCAUCAAAAUCAUCGGGAUCCAAGGUGAAUGAAUAUAAAGAAAACCAAAACGUCGCCUAUGCAUCUUUGAGACCAGUACAGACAUUUUUAGGAAAAACAGCUCAGGUGUAUCUUGUCCCCUUUUCACUCAGUAACUACAAGCCAGACCAGCUUAAGUGCCCUGAAUCCCUGUUAGAUAAGAAUUCUAACAAUGAAGUGGCAUGUAAGAAAUGUAAAAAGGCUGAAGUAAAGGAAACUUGCAGAGGGAUUUUGACUCCAAAGAUGGAAGCCACAUCUUCCAAGGCAGAAUCCACGCUGCAAAAAUCAUCCUCAGAUGUUCAUACUGAAAGUAACAAGCGGCAAUACAAGAGCACUUCGGAUACAGUGAUUCUCAGUGCCGACACGGAAAGCAGUCAGGAUGGAGACAGUGAUGAAGACACCACAUCAGGCCUGGAUGAUUUUUCAGGAUUGUCACCGUAUGAAAGGAAGAGACUGAAAAACAUAUCAGAAAAUGCAAACUUUUUUGCUUCUCUGCACUUGUCUGAGUCAGCUGCAAGGCUCCGUGAAAUAGUAAAGAAGAGACAACCUACUGAAUCCAAAAGAAAGAAGCCUAAGAAGAAAGAAAAUGAGACCGGAUGUAGAAGGUCAAUGCGAUUACUAAAAGUAGACCCUUCAGGAGUUCCAUUACCAGCAGCCCCAAGCCAGCCAAUAGUAGUAGCAGAUGAAAGUCAGCCUUUGUUACCUCCUGGGCCUUUAGAAAUGACUCCUGAAAAUCAAGAUGAUAACAGUGAACCAUUUAAAGGAUUUCUACAGACUUGGGCAGAACUGAGCAAGACAAGUAGUAAAAACAGAGGGAAGGAGUUAUCUAGCAUCAAAAGCUACAAAGCCAAUUUAAAUGGCAUGUUCAUUAGUGAAGAUACUGUUUGUAAAGUUACCAGAGGCUCAAUAUUCUCAGUAGCUCUCCACCCAUCAGAAGUUAGAACUUUGGUGGCAGCUGGGGCCAAAUCUGGGCAAGUUGGACUUUGGGAUUUGACUCACCAACCUAAAGAAGAUGGAAUCUAUAUUUUUCAGCCCCACAGUCAGCCAGUUAGCUGUCUUUACUUCUCACCUGCUAAUCCGGCUCACAUACUAUCACUGAGCUAUGAUGGCACAGUACGCUGUGGGGAUUUUUCCAGGGCUGUUUUUGAAGAGGUAUAUAGAAAUGAAGAAAGUAGCCUUUCCUCCUUUGACUUCUUGGCAGAAGAUGCCUCUACUUUAAUAGUAGGUCACUGGGAUGGAAGUAUGUCACUGGUGGAUAGGCGGACGACGGGAACUUCUUAUGAGAAACUUAUCAAUUCUUCUUUGAGCAAAAUAAGAACUGUUCAUGUCCACCCAGUGCAUAGACAGUAUUUCAUCACUGCAGGAUUAAGGGAUGUUCACAUUUAUGAUGCAAGAUGCCUGAAUCCCAGUAGAAGCCAGCCUUUGAUUUCUUUGACUGAACACACGAAGAGCCUUGCUUCUGCCUAUUUUUCACCUCUUACUGGUAACAGACUGGUAACCACAUGUGCUGAUUGUAAGCUGAGAAUCUUUGACAGCAGCUGUAUAUCCUCACAGUUUCCUCUCCUCACCACCAUCAGGCACAACACCAUCACUGGGCGAUGGCUGACCAGGUUCCAAGCUGUGUGGGACCCUAAACAAGAAGACUGUUUCAUAGUUGGCAGCAUGGCCUAUCCACGGCGAGUGGAAAUCUUCCAUGAGACAGGAAAGCAGGUGCACUCUUUUCUUGGAGAAUGCCUAGCCUCUGUGUGUUCCAUUAAUGCUAUGCACCCAACUCGGUAUAUUUUGGCUGGAGGUAAUUCCAGUGGGAGGAUGCAUGUUUUUAUGAAUUAAGAAAGUUGCAGAGUUUUUGGCUUGACGACACCAGUUUGUUCAAGUUAAUCACCGUCUAAAGAGCCUAGUAAUUCAUGUGGCCUAGUCUGUUUACUUCGCUGUUUACUUCGUAAUGUGUUCUAUUUAGCAAGUGUAGAAUUGCUUUGUUACUAAGAACUAUGAACAGAAUGUACUUUUAGUAAGGAAGAAGCCUUAGAGGUUGUUUCUCUAGGAUAGGAGGGGAAUUUGAGCGGAGACUGUGAUGCCUUUAGCACUUUUAAUCAGGCAGUAUGUUGAGAAAUUCUAACAUUAUAAAUUAUAAAGCUUUGAAUGAUCAACAUUAAAAGUUUUUUGUGGUUUUGAUUCUA